UAUGCAGAUAUAGGAGAUCCAGUUUUCAUAUGUAGACAUUGUAAAGCCCAAAUGUGGUACCAAGAAAGAAUAGACAAACAUGCACACUCUGCUAAUCCAAAGUUUCAAUUGUGUUGUGGUAAUGGAAAAAUUCAGUUGCCCCUUUUGAAUGAUCCCCCAAUUGUAAUGCAAAAACUGCUAUUUGAAUCCAAUUCAAUACAGUCUAGAAAUUUUCAACAGCAUAUUAGAACAUAUAAUAUGAUGUUUGCAUUUACAUCACCUGGAGCCAAAAUUGAUAACACAUACAGCAAUGGUCAUGGUCCUCCUAAUUUACGAAUACAAGGCCAAGUUUGUCAUAGAAUUGGAAGUCUUUUACCACCUGUUGGAGAAGUACCAAGAUUUGCCCAACUCUACAUCUACGACACUGAAAAUGAAAUUCACAACAGAAUACAAUCAUUAAGGAACGAUAACAAGGUUGAUAUCGAAAUUGUAAAGAAGCUAACGGACAUGUUAGAUGAACACAAUGUUCAUGCAAAAUCUUUUAGAAUGGCAAGAGAUCGCUAUCGGGAGAAAGAAUUUACGAAUCUGAAACUAAGACUUAUUGCUGAUAGAACUAAGGAUGGAAGGAUAUACAAUACUCCUAAUGUUUCAGAAGUAGCAGUCUUAAUUGUUGGUGACGUUGACAGUGCUUCUCCAAGGGAUAUUAUAAUGGAAAACAGAAGUGGAAAGCUGCAAAGAAUUAAUGAGUUGCACACCAGUUACCUAGGAUUUCAAUAUCCUUUACUAUUUCCAUAUGGUGAAGAUGGAUAUAGACAUGAUGUUACGCAUCGCGAUAUCAGUAGUGGGAACAAUUCAAAGAGGAACCGCCUAACAAUCAGAGAAUGGUUUUGUUUCAGAAUUCAGACAAGACAGAAUGAAGCCCAAACAGUACUUAGAUCAAAGAGAUUGUUUCAACAAUUCGUGGUUGACGGUUAUACUAUGAUAGAAUCUGAACGGUUGUCCUUUAUUAGGAAUAACCAAUCAAAGCUUAGAGUGGAUAAGUACAAUAAUCUUUCUCAAACAAGUUCAAAUAUCCAUGAAGAAGGAUCAAGCAAGGGAAAAAGAGUUGUUCUACCAUCCACUUUCGUUGGAGGCACAAGAUUUAUGAAUCAAUUGUAUUUUGAUGGAAUGGCCAUUUGUAGUUAUGUUGGUUUUCCAGAUUUGUUUCUAACUUUCACAUGCAAUCCCAAAUGGCCUGAGAUUCGCAGGAUACUGUCUAACCUAAAUUUGACACCAUCUGAUAGGCCAGACUUGAUCUCAAGGGUAUUCCGAAUUAAAUUCGAUCAACUUCUUACAGACUUAACCAAAAAUCAUUUACUUGGAAAGGUUAUUGCAUAUAUGUACACUAUUGAAUUCCAAAAACGUGGUCUGCCACAUGCACAUCUACUUCUCUUCUUGCAUUCCAGUUGCAAAUAUCCAACUACGCAAGAUAUUGAUAGGGUUAUUUCAGCUGAAAUACCAUGUCCUAAACAAGAACCAAAACUAUAUGAAUGUGUGAAAGAUCACAUGAUUCAUGGGCCAUGUGGAUUACCAAACAAAUCUCUGCCUUGCAUGAAAAAUGGAAAGUGCUCUAGGUUUUAUCCAAAGAUGUUUCAAGAGACAACUGCUAUUUCUGAAGAUGGAUUCCCACACUACCGCAGACGCAAUAAUUCAAUAUGUAUUGUCAAGAAUGACAUUUGCUUAGACAACCGUUCAGUGGUUCCAUACAACUCCAAGUUGUUGCUUAAGUAUGAAGCUCAUAUCAAUGUUGAAUGGUGUAAUAGAAGUACCUCCAUAAAGUACUUAUUCAAAUACAUUAACAAGGGUUAUGACAGAAUUACAGCAGCUAUAGUGGAUAACAACAACCAAUCUUCAGGUUCGGCCAAAGAUGUAGAUGAAAUCAAGCAGUAUGUUGAUUGUAGAUAUAUAUCACCCAGUGAAGCAUGUUGGAGAAUAUUUUCAUUUCCUAUUCACGGAAGAAAUCCAGCUGUAGAAAGACUAUUUUUUCAUCUUCCUGGUGAGCAGUCAGUCUACUUCAAGGAUGACGACUAUAUUGACGAUAUACUAGGAAAACCUACAGUUGCAGAAUCUAUGUUUACAAGCUGGAUGGAGUGCAAUAAAACGCAUGAAGAUGCAAAGACUUUAACAUACCCACUUUUUGUUUCAAAGUUUGUAUAUGUCAAAAAGGAUAGAUGUUGGAAACCAAGGAAAAAGGGCAACACAAUUGGAAGACUCAUUUGGGUGCCACCAACAGCAGGUGAACUUUUCUAUCUUAGGAGAAUGCUUACAGUAAUCAAAGGGCCAUCAUGUUACAAAGACAUUAGGACAGUCAACAACAUAGUGUAUCCAACUUUUAGAGAUGCCUGCCAAGCGUCUGGAUUCUUAGCAGAUGAUAAUGAAUACAUAGAAGCUAUAACAAAAGCAAAAGAUUGGGGAUCUGGUCACUUCCUAAGAAAACUAUUUGUAACUAUGUUAGUUUGUGAUAGUCUUAAUAGACCGGAUCAAGUAUGGGAAAAGACGUGGCAUUGGUUGUCUGAUGGAAUACUACACAGAGAAAGAAUAAUAGCUGCAAAUCCAGAAUUGCAACUUAGCAAUGACACCUUGAAAAAUUUAACUUUAUCUGAAAUUGAAGACCUUCUUCUCAAAAAUAGGAGAAGUUUGAAACAGUUUCCUUCAAUGCCUUAUCCUGAUGCUUUUGCAACAACUAAUUGUGGUAAUAGAUUGAUAUACUCUGAACUAGAUUAUAACAUCGCUGAACAACAUAACCUAUUUGAAAGGAACUUCAAUUCGAUGACAGUUGAACAAAAGAACAUAUUCAAAAUGGUAAAUGAGGCCGUUAUGAAGAACAAUGGUGGAAUGUUUUUCUUGUAUGGAUAUGGGGGCACAGGAAAAACUUUUAUGUGGUCAACAUUAUCAUCAGCACUGCGGUCACAGGGAAAAAUAGUCCUCACAGUGGCAUCAAGCGGAAUAGCAUCACUUUUGUUACCCGGUGGACGAACAACACAUUCUAAAUUUAGAAUUUCGAUUCCUAUACUUGAAAAUUCCAUCUGUAACAUUGAACAAGGUUCUGAUGUUGCCCACCUAUUAAGAGUAGCUCAUCUUAUAAUAUGGGAUGAAACACCAAUGGCACACAAAUUUUGUUUUGAAGCGCUGGAUAGAACAUUAAAAGACAUUAUGAAAGAUGAUCCAACAUGUAAUUCAGUUUUUGGAGGAAAAGUAAUUGUAUUUGGAGGUGACUUUAGACAGAUUCUACCUGUCAUUCCUAGAGGAAGUCGAUCAGAUAUAGUGCAUGCUACAAUUAAUGCGUCAUACCUAUGGAAUCACUGUCAGGUAUUGACAUUGUCCAAGAACAUGAGACUUAUGCAAUCAGGACUGCACAAAUCUACAGCAAAAGAAAUUGAAGAAUUCUCUGAUUGGAUUGUUAAACUCGGAGAUGGAAAGUUGUCUGAACCAAAUGAUGGAGUGGUUGAAAUCGAAAUACCACAUCAAUUUCUGAUAACAGAAUUCACUGAUCCUCUUCAAGCAAUUGUGGAUUCCACUUAUCCACAACUAAUUCAAAAUUACAGUGAUAAAAACUAUCUAAAGAGCAGAGCAAUAUUGUCUAGUAGAAUCGAGACUGUCGAUGAAAUCAAUGACUAUAUUUUGUCAUUGAUACCAGGGGACCACAAAGAAUAUCUUAGUGCAGAUUCAAUUGAUAAAUUUGAUAAUUUCACAAAUGAUGACAUGGAUAUCAUUACACCAGAAUUUCUAAACUCAUUGACUGUUUCAGGAUUGCCAAGUCAUAACAUCAAACUCAAAAUUGGAUCACCCAUAAUGUUAUUGAGAAAUUUGGAUCAGUCUGAGGGUCUGUGCAACGGAACCAGAUUAAUUAUUACAAGACUGGCAAAUCAUGUCAUUGGUGCAAGACCUAUUACAGACAACAACAAUGGAAAUGAAGUAUAUAUACCUAGAAUGUCUAUGUCCCCAUCCUAGUCCCCAUGACCAUUCAAGCUAAUUAGAAGGCAAUUUCCAAUCAUGUUAUCCUACGCCAUGACAAUAAACAAAUCUCAGGGACAAUCAUUAGGUUCGGUAGGAUUAUACCUACCGACACCAGUAUUUAGCCAUGGUCAGUUAUAUGUUGCAGUUUCUAGGGUUCAGUCUAAAUCAGGAUUAAAGAUAUUAAUCCAUGAUAAAGAAAAAAGACCUUUGUCUCAUACAACAAAUGUUGUUUUCAAGGAAGUCUUCCAGAAUGUGUAA